CGCCCGUGUUGACGACCAAUAUUUCCAUGGAACCGGACUGGAAAGACCUAUAUACACUCAACGUGAACAGGAGCGCUACUUUUGUGUCAAGAAUUUCUCGAUAUAUUUCAAAGAUCCACACGCAGAAUGGAGACAGUUGAUAAUAAGCCACCGGCAGCAAACGGUAUUGAGGAUGAUGCCAUAAAAGGAAACCAACGACCCACAAUGACGUCAGUUGAUUGGGAAAUGACAGCCAAUGCAUAUGAGGAUGAACUGGAAGAACUACGACCCCUCAGAGUGGAGAACAGACGAUUGAGACGCUGUGUGGGAGGCGUUCGGGUACUCGGUCGUGCUCUAAAAGACUCAAAAGGGGAAGUUCACCGACUGCGUGGUUUACUAGCAGAUAAAGACUUGCACCCUGACGACACGGAUGAUAAACACGCGACAUCCACAGACAAACCCCAAGUAACGUUGGAUGAUGAAACAUUGGGCGAUACAGAAGAUGACAUAGAGGGCGCCAUAGAGGCGGAAUAUGUAAUGACGUCACCAAGAGACGAGGAUGGAGGUGCUGGUGAGCGAGAUGACGCAGAGGGUGCCAUUGAAGAGAUGGAACUUAUUGGAGAACUUUCAAAAUUAGAGGGCGUUGGUCAAACUGAAUAUUAUUCGACUACAUUGGUAAAUCAAUCCAAGUUGACUCAACCUCUUGUUAGAACUCCAUUGGAACGCCAAGUAAGAAACAGAGAGAGCGAACUUACCAAGAAUAACUCACAUGGAGAUAUCAGUCAAACAGGAUUUGAAGCAAAUGGGUGCAAAGUGGACACCGUCAACACAGAGGAUCCAGAGACCUAUAUGGAUGCUCUGAUUUCACCAGACACUUUAAGCAAGGUUCUACCGCAUAAAGAGAAAUCAGAAAACGUUAGAUCAGUGGCGACUAUUACAAAUAGCUUCGCUAGUACGUACCUGCAACAACAAGAGUUAUCCAGCCUUAAAAUUCAAGUACAGGAGCUUAAGAAAGCCAACACCGAAUGGAAGAAUCAUUUGAAACAUAAGGAAUCGGAUUUAAUUGCUGAACUCUCGAAAAAAGAUGAGACAAUUGGAGGACUUCAAACCGAGCUUAAUGACGCUGUCAAAGAGGCAGAUAUAAAGGCAAAUCAUUAUGAGCAGACUCUUCUCACAGCCAAAACACGUAUUGAACUGAUUGAGGACGAAAAUCAACGGCUGAAGAAAGCUGUGUCUAAAGAACAACAGAAGAAUGACAAAUCUGAAAUGUUUAAUCGAACUUUGAUCAAACAGAAUACAAGUAUGACAGAUGAGAUCGUGCGCCUUAAGCAGGCACUGGAGAAAAAGUACCAUCAGCAUGUUCACGUAAAUCAGUCACCAUCUACAGAGACAGCAGCAACGUUUGUAAAGCAGUCUAUUGGAUCAACGGAAUCAUCAAAGACGGGUCGUAACCAUGACUCGCAACAAGAACCAAACACUGUUGAAAGAAAGACCCCCGUGCAUCUCCCUACCACCGCACCAAUGCCACUCAAGACUCACAUGCAUCGCCCUACCACCUCACCAAUGCCACUUAAGACUCCCAAGCAUCUCCCUACCACCGCACCAAUGCCACUCAAGGCACCGGCAGACGAAGAAAAACAAGAUGAUUGUCUUACUGCCUCCCAAUAUCAGACAGUGACGGAGAAGAACAAGCAGCCGCAGGAAAACGUGUCCAAAGUGACUGACAAGAGUCUAAGCAAACAAGAUAUGAAGGAGCAAGUUGAGUUAUUGAGGCAUCAGAAUCAAAUGUACGAGUCGGACUUCAAGAAGGAACGAGCCGACAGACAAAAAGCCCGGGAUGAAAUACAAACAUUACGUCAUCAAAUAAGCAAACAGAAAAAACAAACAAAGGAUCAGAUUAAAGACGAUGUAAAGACUAAAGGACCACCAAAGCAUGGUGCUUACAGGCCAUCAGAUCAGAAAAUAGAAGCAGAGCCAUCACGUAGGGAUCACAACAAGUUAAAGGUGAAGUCGAGCAGAACUCCCCAUAAGGAUGUUGUAAAACCCAGUCACAAGGCAACGUCUAAGGUGUCAACUGGCUCACAAGUCAUCAUGCUACAGCCUGGUCCGGAAGGUCGUUGGUUACAAAUUAAUCUCCAGGCUGAAUCAGAUACAGUCAGAGGUAGAAGCGGGGUACCAGCUCGUCAAGACCCAUACGUAUGCCCAAGGUGCCAGAAAAUGUUUACAGAAAGUGAAUGGGACUCAUUUGAACACCACGUGACAUUAUGCAUGCGAUGAUUUUAUACCGCAGAAUAUUGUUAGACUGGUGCAGUAUUCGACGGCGUAAGUUUGUGUGCAGGCCUUCAUUUGUUAACAGUAUGACGCGUGUCAAACAUGUGUCAUAGUUUGUUGUUAUUAGGCAGUACUAUUAAUGGAAGUUCAUGUAAUGUGUAAACAUAAUUUAGUUAAAUCCCACAUAGUAGGUCACUUAUAACAAUCAUUUGUAUAUAACAAAAAUUAUACUCAUUUAUUUAGCUACAAAUGCUUUAACUAAACGAUUUGUACUGUUACCCUAUCUCAAUGCACCGUUCUAUCUGUAACUCCGCAGUUUCGUAUUUUUUUCUAGCAAAACUGGCCUAUAUCAUAAUCGCAAAAUAAUGUAUUGUAUUGCUAAUGAAAAUGACAAGAAAGGGGUGAAAAUUUGCCAGAAAAACCGUAUAGGAACACGUUGCCUUGGACCGGUGGUUGGUCUUUGAAAAGCAUUUGUAACCGUUUGUUAUGAAAUGCAUAUG